CACCAUUUUAUUAUGUCUUGUGAAUAUUCUGGAAGAGUGAAAGUUCAAAAAUCAUUUGAUAGUGAUGAAACUGAAAUUUUGAUUGCACAGGUUUCUUCGAUUUCAAAAGCCAAAAAUAGUGAUUUUAUUCUUUCAGAUACAAUAACUCCAAGCAGAAUCAGUUUUAAAUGA